AUGUCCUUUAGCUUCGGUAACACAUCUACGCCGACGUCGAACAGCGGCUCGACACCGGGGACCUCUGCGCCCGCAUCUGGAGGUCUCUUCGGCGGCGGCGCUACCUCCAGCGGCACUCCCAGCUUUUCUUUCGGUAACCUAGGAUCUGGAGGAGCAGCAGCUGGAUCGAGCACCAGCACACCGGCUUCGGGUGGAGGGCUGUUUGGACAGAACACUGCACAGAAACCAGCCGGCGGCCUCUUUGGCGGUGGUACACCGGCCGCUUCUGCGGGAACACCUGGAUCGGCUGGUGGUCUCUUUGGAGCCAAUCCUGCUGCCGCUGCGUCUUCGACUCCCGCCUCUGGUGGUCUAUUUGGAGGGGGCGCCGCUGCCUCUACGCCUAGCACAUCCGCGCCCGCUUCUGGAGGUCUCUUUGGUGGCGCCGCCGCUGCCGCCUCGACCGGCACGCCUGCCGCAUCGUCAGGAGGCCUUUUCGGAGGAAAUACGGCGUCAAAGCCGGCGUCUGGAGGUCUUUUCGGCGGCGGAAGCACCGCAAGCCCUGCUCCUGCCGGAGGCUUGUUCGGUCAGAAUGCUACUGCAAGCUCGUCAACCACACCCGCUCCUGCUGUAGGUGGAGGCUUGUUUGGCAACAAGGCCGCCUCAAGCACACCCGCUGCCGGUGCUCCAGCAACCCAGGCCACUCCCGCGAAGCCUAUGUUCUCUCUAGGAGGAUCAACGACACCAGCCGGAGCUCCGCCAGCGGACAAGAAACCGGCUACAGGGGGCCUGUUCGGCGGUGCCGCGGUGUCUGGAUCCGCUGCUCCGUCUCCCUUCGGUGCCGCGGCCGGGUCCGCACAGCCCACGGCUGCCUCCACAGCCCAACCUGCCGCCAGCGGUGGCUUUUUCGGUGGUGCGGCUCAGUCGAAGGUCGCAUCCACGGCGCAGCCGGCUGGUUCUGGUGGUCUUUUCGGCGGACAGGCGCAACAGCAACCGGCAGCCGCCGGUGGUCUCUUUGGAGGCCAGAAACCGGCCAGCGCUGCCGCUCCUAUCUCUGGUGGUCUCUUUGGUCAAGCUGCUGCCACCACUACCUCAGCACAGCCGGCUGCAACUCCCGCUGCAGCUCCCGCCGCUGGUGGUGCGUCGUCACUCUUUGGCGGCGCGAAGCCUGCCACUCCCACCACCUCAACACCAGCUGCGGCAUCUGCGGGCGGCUUGUUUGGCGGCAACACAUCUUCGACGCCGGCCCCUGCGACGACACAGGCCGGCUCAAGUGCAGGAGGUCUCUUUGGCGGCGCAAAGCCUGCUGCGCCUUCAGCCUCUACUCCUACGACCACAGCGGCACCGUCAUCACUGUUUGGCGGUGCGGCUGCUGCAACACCGGCGAGCAAGCCUGCGAGCGGAGGACUUUUUGGAAACACUCCUGCCGCUGGCGCCUCUCAGUCAGCAUCUACCCCGGCGGCGACAGCGACAGCGACCACCGCCGCUACAGCAGCUGCGGUGCCCAGCACGACUGCAUCGGUUGGUGGUCUAUUUGGGGCCAAGGCAUCUACACCGGCUGCUGGAACAGCAGCUCAGAACAGCACCACGCCUGCCACCACAUCUGCCGCAACCGGCAAUUCAAAUACCCUCGCUGCCUCCACCACAGGCCCUACAUCCCAGCUUCCUCGCCUGAAGAACAAGUCCAUGGAUGACAUCAUCACACGAUGGGCCUCAGACUUGUCCAAGUACCAAAAGGAUUUCAAACAUUACGCCAACCAGGUCGCCGACUGGGACCUGGGCCUGGUCGACAACGGCGAGAAGAUUCAGAAGCUCUACCUCAACACUUUCGAGGCCGAGAAGGCGAGUCACGAAAUUGAGCGUCAGCUCCAAGCUGUCGAGAGCCAGCAGGACGAGCUCGAGGACUGGCUGAAUCGCUACGAGUCCGAUGUCAAGGAGAUGUUCUCGCGCCAGAUGGGACAGGGCGAGACCCUGGCUGGACCCGACCAAGAGCGCGAGCGGACGUACAAGCUCGCCGAGAAGCUCACGCAGAAUCUCGACGAGAAGAGCAGGGACCUGUCAAAGAUGGUCAAGGAAAUCAAUGACAUCUCUGGUACUCUCAGCAAGGGCACGAAGCCUGAGGAUCCCUUGAGUCAGAUUGUCCGCGUUCUCAACGGGCACCUCGGCCAGCUCCAGUGGAUCGACUCCAACGCUGCGUCUCUGCAGGCCAAGGUCUCGUCCGCGCAGAAGGCGAACAACAACCUCGGCAACCAAUACGGAGGGCCGGAGAACGACGCCGCAGAGAGCUUUUACCGAUCUUACAUGGGCCGGCGUUGA